CAACUGGAACUGUCAUAGACGCUGAAAGGUGAAAGUGAACAGAGGGGGAAAAGUGAACGGUAGAUAGUCCUGAUUCCUUCUGCAGUAGUCACACCGUAGCCGGCGCCGACCAGCUCAGUACAGUAAGGCAGCAGCCAUGGCCGGGGCCGGGGCCGACCCUCUGCGUGAACUCGUGGACGACGGGCAGAUCGAGUGCCUGCUGGAAGCCCUCAAGAAGGACCUGCCGGAUUCUAUCCAUGUCUUCAACUGCAUCUCCACGCACCUCCGCUGGCGCCGCGAGGGCCUAACCGGGAGCGACAUCCAGGUCGCCGUCUACCGCGGCGCGGACGAGGGUGACGCCACAAGCGGCACCACGACCGUCGUCAGCAUUCUCAGAGUAGAGGGCGUGCCCGGGCCCGCGGUGGCGCUGCACUCCACGGACCCCUCCUGCGCCGCGCUGCGCCGCGCGCUCGCCACCUCCAAGCACAUCCCCUGGGCGGACUCGUUCUUGUUCGAGAGCGUGCACGAGCGCUGCAUCCCGCACGUGCUGGCCGAGACGCGCGCACGCGGCGUCCCCGCCGCCCGCGAGUACCCCACGCACAAGAUGCAGCUGCCCGCGGAGGAGUGCCUGCGGCUGGACGUGCGGGACCCCGGGCCCGGGCUGACGCUGCGCGCCCUGGAGCCGCGGCACGCCAAGGUCGUCAACGACAGGUGGCCCUACAGGCACGUCGGGUCCGAGGGCAUGGUGGCCAAGACCAUCGAGAGGAACCCGGGGCUGUCUUGGGGCGUGUUCACCGAGGAGGAUCCCGAGGGCGACCCGGUGGCCGUCAUCUUGGGGGCGUGGUACGGCGGGCUGGGGAUGCUCCACACCAUGGACUCGCACCGGAGGCGCGGGCUCGGCGAGCUGGUGACCCGGGCCGCCGCCAGGGCCCUGGCCGAGCGCCACGGGCUGGCCGCGCACUGCAACGUGGUCUUCCCCAACCCGGCGUCGGCGGCCACCCUCGACAAGGUGGGCUUCCGGAAGGUGUGCGUCGCCUCCUGGAUCGACUGGGAGGCGCCGGCCAAACAGUGAACUCUGUGUGGACAGUUGUGGUGUGGAUGUGGGUGACAUAUGAGUGAAUGCGUCUGUGACCUUUCAACGUGUUGCUCUCAACUCUGCAAUAAUAAAAUCGUCUUUGCGCUCUUGAAA